UUUUCUAAAUUUUAAGUAUUUUUAUUUUGGGACUGUUUCGAAAAUAACAUUUUUUCUAAAUUUAAGUAUCGAAAUUUUUGUACAGCAUUUAUAUUCUAAAAAUAAUCUGCGGUAAUGAAGCUGUAAAACUGGAAGCAAUACAAAAUGGCUUCUUCCACAUCUUCAGGGCCUAAUGAAGACUAUUUCUUUGGUUGGAAUUUGUUUUAUAACACCAUUAUUAGGGAAGUUAACAAAAAAUCAGAUGUUCUUAUAGCACUGGCACAUUUUAUAUUAGCAAAGCAUCUAAAUUUUCGAUGCCUCGGUAAUGGUGAUAAGAUGACAUUUUCUGACGAAGAAGAGGGAUCCGAAUUAUUACCGAUUGAUUGGAAUCAAGAUGAGUUUAAAUAUUCCUUAAGAUAUUUGGUAUAUAAUCAAUUAUAUUUGCUAUUGGGUCACAUAUCUGAAGAAAGUCUUAUAAUAAAUUUACUUAUUGCCGAUUCCAAAAUAGUUUCCAAUAUUAAUUUACACCCAGAUUCAUUAGUAAAAACUACAGAAGUGCUCGAUUUAUAUCAACUAAUUCCACAAGCAAACUUUAUAAGCAAACGGUACAACAGAGAAUUAAUAGAUCCCGUCUUUAAAACCAAUAAAAGAAAUAAAUCCCUACAGACUGAUCCCCAGCCAAGUAGUUCUAUAAGUACUUACGCCAUAAGUGAUUCUCAUAGGAACUUAGCAGAUAUUGAUUCGGGCCAUCUGCUACAUCCUUUAGAUAUUGAUCGUGAAGAUUUAAAUCAUUUUCCGUAUGGUGGUCCUGGCAAUUUAAUACCAUUUCCUUUACAUCCAGAUUUUGGGCCAGAAUUUCGUUUUGAUCCAGAUCACCCAUUUGGUCCACCACUUCCUUUACCAAGUCCAAAUCCAAAUGGAAAUCAAAACCCAAACCCAGACUUAUUUCCACCUGUAAAUUCAAAUACAAAUAUAAAUCCAGAUCUUUUUCCACCACCACGUAAUUAUUACAUGUAGUUUAUAAUAUCAUAAAUGCUGUACAAAAAUUUCUAAAAUAUCUAACUAAAUAAAUGAAAUUA